CAAAAACGCGGGAAAAAGAUCAAAGAUGGCGGAAAACAAGGAGCGAGGAUCUUUGUCAGAUAUAUUGAAUGAUUCCGUUGAUUCGGAAAUAAACGAAGAUGAAGGAGAAGAAGUUACUGCUGCUGAAGUGUUGGAGCGUUUAGAGCAGGUUUAUAAUCAAUAACAUAGAAAGCUUCAAUGCUUCUGACUGAAUGUCAUUUUACAUGCUAUAUUUUUGGACAAAAUAUUUAAUACCCAUUGAGAUAUUGACUUAUUGAGCCAGCCUGGAUUAGGGGUUUUAUCUCAUUUAAGGGGCAAGUGCACUGUUGCAGAUUCCUGCACCAAGAACAUACUAGCAAGUCACAAUCCAGAAACCUGUAGAUGGACAUUUUAAGCAGUUUGGUGUAGCAGUUUGAUAAAUGGAUGGGUAUUAAUUGUUUAUCUGAAAUAUCUACACCCAACUCCCCUGGAUGGAAUUCGUGUUUCACAAGGACUGUUCUAGACAAUUUACGGGGUGGGCUCCUUACCCCUAUUUAAUUUGCCUACACCACUGAUCACAAACAUAAUUUUUCCUAGGCAUGGCUGAAUGAAAAAUUUGCUCCUGAGCUUUUAGAGAGCAAGGUGGAACUAGUGGAGUGCAUGCUUGAUCAAAUUAAAGAAAUGGUAAAUCAAUAAACUGUAUAAAAAAACAAGCAAAUCCCUAUUACCAGAUAGGCUUGGGCGGUUUUGCUUAAAAUCAAAACCGAAAAACCGUCUGAUUCUAAACCGGUAAAACCGGAAAACCGGUUUUUUCCCUUUAAUUUGUAUUUCAACUGAAUGAGGAGGAAUUGUGGUAUUUUUUUGACAUAAGCAAACGAACAGAACAUGACAAAACGCAAAUUGUGUAAAGGUAACCUAAAACGACUUCGGUUUUAAAAUAAAAGGGUCAAGAACGCAUUUGAAAACUUAUACCUCUUUAGUUCUUACCGACUUUACGGAAAAAUAAUAUAAUUUGUAUCUAGUGUCAUGUAAUUGUGUUUAAUUAGUGUCAUGUUUUGAGAAUUAGGAUCGAGUUUCGGGCGUUGACAGUAAACAAUUUCGUAAUGACGGUUUUCCGGUUUUUGUAAAAGCUAAACUGAAAAAACCGGUUUGAAAAUAAAACCGGAAAAAACCCGAAAAAACCGGUAAACCGCCCAAGCCUAUUACCAGACUUCUCUUUCAUCCAGAAUACUCCUGUAUCUUUAGUCUUAAUGCGUUAUAAAUACUAUUAUCACAAAACCCCAAUUUAAUUUUUAAAAAAGGCGAAUGAAAGCAACAGGUCAGCAGGAUGCCGAAGAUGUCCACAUAAUGUAAUAGCAACACUAGUACUCUAUUGAUGUCGGUGAUACUAAUUUUUUAGGAGGAAAACUUAAAAGAAGCUGGGAAAGGAGACUUAGUUGGUUCUCUGCACAGACUUGAGGUUGAUUAGCAGACAUUUAUUGCAUUAAAUUCAAAACUGAGUGUAUUGGUGUACAAUUAAUAACUUUUUCUAAUUUUCCUGUGUUUGAUGCCUGUAGAUAAUGAUCAGUGCUUUAAUAUUAAUUUUAGAUUCAAAGAAUACGAUAUGUGAUAAGCAGUUAUUUAAAAAUUAGGUUAAAAAAGGUCUGUAUUAAAGCUAAAUCCUGUGAAUAUUUCCGGACUUACAUACCUAGAAAUCUUAAUUUCUUAGAAAUUCCUUAAAAAAGCAAAACCCUAUGAAUAUUUCUGGACUUACCUAAAAAUCUUAAUUUCUUAGAAAUUCCUUUAAAAAAAGCCAAACCCUAUGAAUAUUUCCAGACUUACCUAGAAAUCUUAAUUUCUUAGAAAUUCCUUAAAAUUUGGAACUUCCUUAAAAAUUUUAUUUCCUUAAAAAGGUCCAAACGUCCUCAAAAGUAAUUAGCAAAAACAAGUUAUUUAAAAACGUCAACUUUUAAAUCAAUCCGUUUUAGUUUCAACAUUGAUAGCCAGUAUUUAAAAUUCUAUCCUGUAUUUUUAGAUAGAGAAAUAUGCAUUUCAUAUAAUGGAGCCAUCAAAUGACAAGACAGAUUAUAUCUCACGUCUCUCUGCUGAAGAACAUGUUUAUGCAAAAGAGUACGGAAAAGAAUUAUCAUUUUCACAGUCUUUCAGUUUCAUUAGCCACGGUGAUUUACGUAGUGCUUCUGACUUCUGACAGAAGCUCUGUCUCAAUUUCUGUACUCAAUCCAAACUCUUUAGAACUUCCCCUUACUUUGUCUUUAAUUUAAACCUUAAUUUCUGCCUUCUCUACGAUCACCCUGUCCCGGUAUAUUCAACUCUCUAAAAGAAUUUCCAUUGCUUUUCGGGUAUAUAUUUCUCCAUGGACAGUAUAUACCAUCUUAGUAUCGCUUUCACAAUAACGUUCAUCACUGUUUUUGCCUUAUUCAUUGCCUUAGGCUGCGUAUACACUCAGGGGUGAAACUAGCCCCUUUUAGUUAGGGGGGGGGGGGUGUCUGCUAGAAUUGCCCUGCGAAAGCCGAUGAUGCCCUGCAGCAAAAAUGUUUUUUUGGCCACUAUUUCUCGUCGAAAAUUUUUUUUCCGGACAUUCCAAAAAGGGGCCAAAAAAUUUUUCCGUACAUAAACCAAUUAAAUUAAGGGUCAAAAAAUUUUUUUCAGACAAAUUCCUGUUAACACAUGCAUGAAACCCUUAUUUUUUACCAAUAUCUGUAAAAUUUAUGUCUAUAAAUUCUAUUCAAUUCCCUCUGGAAGCCCUGGAAUCUACUUAAUAACUCUACAUUCUAUCAUUUAAAAUCUCUCAUUGCCCUGCCAAUCCAGAUGAUUUGUACUUUGGGGGGUGUCCCACAGGGGUGUCAGCCCCCUUCAAGUUUCGCCCCUGUAUACACUAUACCACCGGAUAGCUUUCCAUAGCGGCGCGAAAACGCACUUAUCCGAUACGGAAUGUACAACUUUCUGAAGCUAUAAGCGAAACAACAUCUCUCCGUUGCAAUAAUUCCUCUGAAAAUAACGUUCCUAAAAGGUACGGAUAGGUGUUUUUUGAUGUCGCUACGGAAAGCUAUCCGAUACAGUGUAAAUGUACAGUAGCCAUAGUUAUCACUUUUGAUGUCAGACUUUACAUUUUCCGGGCUUUUCUUUCACUAAUUUUGACGUAUUUUUUCGCUCUCUAGGUAUUGCAAAAACGUUGAGGAUCUUUUAAAAUCUCUGGCACUGGAUGACAUGCCACCAAAUAUAAACAGCUUAGAUAAAAAGAAGUCAGGUAAAGUAGAGUACCGCCAAGAUUGCGGUAGAUCCUUGCAUUAGUUGGCGAUGGAUGAUUACAUUUUUUUAUUUUCAAUUUUAGUUCCUCAACCAAACCUGGAUAGUUAUUUAUUCAUGAAAGUUCUUCAACCACAAGAACAAGUGGAACUUGACCCUGAGUAAGCCGCAUAUCAUUAAACCUAAACAUGCAUGUCCUUUCUAUAUAUAGGCUUAACAGACUACAGCGGGGAGGGGGGGGGGGGCAAGGGGGGCAACUUCCCCCCGGAGAAAAUAAUUAAUUAUUCUUUGGAUAUUUGGGACUUUUUUCGGCAUAUAAGCCUUACUGCCCCCCUAGUGAAAAAAUCCUGCGUACGGCCCUGUGAACUCUCAUCAGUUUUCACCUGGCUUUGAUGAGAGUUGAGUUGAGAGUCGUUUGAGCUGUAAUAUCCAGUCACCUCUCGUGCACACUGUUUCUUGCCAACUCUCAUUCCUGUUUGACUGGACAACCUCAUUACGACGCAGCCUCGUACCCAGGCUCUUUCUGGAGAGAGCCACGCUCAGCUAAUAUAUCUGAUUCUUGUUCGUUUUAGUGAUCAACCUACAGACUUGGAAGAAGGAGCUCAGCAUUUGGUACGCUAUAGUGUCAUCUCAUCUUUGUUGGAAAAUGGUGCUGUGGCUUUGACAUAGCCGACGGAAGACAUAGACAACGAUAGAUUACGAUAGAAGCCAGUUGUACGAACUACGAAGCCCAGUUGCAUGAGCAGAUAGCUUACCGGUGGAUAAGUCGAAACUAAACAACUCUUACCGAUUGUUCAAUUUAAGUUGAAAUAUUUUAGUCUGGUCAUUCAAUGAAUGUAUACUGUAGACUCGUUUUCAGAAUUCACUAUUUUGAACUUAUCCAAUUAUAAGCUACCUGAAUGUCAUACAUCCGGCCCUAAAUCUGCUUUACUAUGUGGAAAUACUGGGAGGCUGAGUAAAUACUGGCAUUCUAAGUGGAAGGACCGACCUGAUUGAGCUCCUAUUUAAUGCCCGUUACUCAUUGCGGCACACAAUACACAAUAACAUAUUUUCAGAUAACUCGUGACGUAUGCGUAGUUAAAUUUGUUUGAAUAUAAUGUAAGGGUAAUGUAACAAAGGUAACGAACAUGUACAUAUACUGUAGUAAUCAAUCUUUUAAUAAAUCCUGUAUGCGAGUG